AUGGUGCUACGAACAGUAAGACUCAAUGACGAUGCCGACUACGAUGCCGGCGUAACGUCAGGGAAAAAUAAAUGGCCCCGCAAUCCCACGGAACAGUGUCUUGAAGAGUUGUUCGUCAAUGCCCCGAUGCGCAUGCUGGCUAUAGUUGAGGCCCUUUCACCUCCUGUACGGUCAACAAGACGGCAUCUGAUGAGGCCAGAGCCUCCCGUACAGAAUAUAACUUGGGAGCAGGAGUCAGUCUAUUUGGAACUCUUUAUCGCUGCUAUACAUCUUAUUAAAGGUGGAUUAGCUUUGCACGUUAAUUAA